GUCGUUUGUUGUGACUAAAGAUGAAAAUGUUACUACGGCGAGUAUUUGUAUUACUCUCGUUUACAUAUCUCUGUAUAUGUCAAGUUCUGUCCCAGUUUGCCGAAAACUCAUUAUGCAGGCAGCUGUAUCGAGGAACUUGUCGGACGUCAUGUCGUGUCUCUGAAACACGACUCCCUGUGCCGGACUCCGUCCUGUUCUGUCGUGGAGGAGCUUGUUGUAAAUCUGACAGAUCCCCUGGAAUAUGGGGCGCGUGGACGACGUGGAGUCCCUGCACAGAGUCCUGCGGGGAUGGAGUAAGGACAAGGUCAAGGACAUGUCAGUUUGGGCAGUGUCUCGGAGCUGCCAGACAGACUGGGCAAUGCCGCAGGGCAGGCUGUUUGUUGUUACCGCAAACGACAAGUACAGUUACAACAUCUGCAACUACAUCUGCGACUCCUUCAUCUGCGACUACAACAACAGCGAGUUCAGAAACGACACCGACUACCCCAACAACAUCGCCUGUGAUGACAUCGACGAGUCCAGAUACUUCAGAAACCACUGUGCCAACGACAUCUCCAACCACUGCGUCUUCAACAUCAACAACUGUUCCAGUGGUGAAGAGAAGUUGUGGCUCGGUAAGGGAUCAAACAAGUACAGUUCCGGUGACUGAUUGUUCUGGUAACCCGUGGACGGUCAGCCUCCAAAUCAUCAACACAGAUGGAGAUGCUCCCUACAGGUUUCCCGUUUGUUCGGGGGUCUUGCUGUCGAUGACGGAGAUCCUUACAACAGCAGCAUGUGCAAAGGGUUUGAAGAGAAUCCUAGACGUGCCAACACUGCAGUCGCUUGCAGUCGCCGGCAGUGAGACAGGCGGUACACAGAGCAGGACUAUUACCAAUGUGACACUGUUCGAACAGACCGCGGAGACCUUAGAUGUGGAAGGUGAUCUGGCUAUCGUGAACGUUGGUAACGGCUUCGAGCCAGACACUUGCGCUUCCGCGGCCUGUCUUCCCAACACCAACGACGUCUUCAACACAGGCGACAGAUGCCGAUUGACUGGAUGGAAAAGAGACGACGUUACAGCUACUCCAUCAGUUAUCCUCGUCUCCCAACAACAAGCACCCGUGACGUUACUACCAUCGACAACAUGCCAAGCCAUCUACAUCUACCUAGAUCCCAACAUGACUGUAUACAGUGACUCUGUAUGCACGGACUCCGGGAAAGACAACUUCGCUCCUUGUGAGGAUGCCAAUGGUUGGAUGUUGGUGUGCGACAACAGUGACGGCAGUGCGACGUUGGUGGGUCUCGCUACUCCUGGUUCUGACUGCAUCACCAUCCUCCCCAGCAUCUUCCAGGGGGUACAGAUGCACAUGGACUGGAUAGAGAAACGUGUUCCUUCUCUAUAUGAAAGGGGCGGUCGGGUAGCCUAGUGGUUAAAGCGUUCGCUCGUCACGCCGAAGACCCGGGUUCGAUUCCCGACAUGGGUACAAUGUGUGAAGCCCAUUUCUGGUGUCCCCCGCCGUGAUAUUGCUGGAAUAUUGCUCAAAGCGGCGUAAAACCAUACUCACUCACUCACUCACUCUAUACGAAAGUGUUGUUCAAGGCCUUUAUGAAGAACACUGACGCUCAAAACAUACCAACUUUUAUGUCUAUAUACAGACAUCAAUGUUAUUCAGCUGAGGGUCUAUAUUAAAAGAAUAGAAUUAUCCUGCGAUGUAUUAAACAUGAUCUGUCCCGAGUUAAUUAACUUAAUAUCUGCGUGUCAGCUGAAAGUGGGUUAGUUUUCACAUUGUGCAUAUUGUUCUAAAUAAACGAGUUGAUAUAAUAAAUCCAUAUGAAAGACAAAUACGCAUAGUUGAAGUAAUAUAUCAUUACAAGAUUACGAUUGCUGACGUAAUACAGGCAUCGUUGUCCCAUACCGAAAUAUCACGUUAAACUUUAAUGCCAUCACUUCGUAGCAUUGUUUACGUCAUGUUGACCCUGUUAGAUCUUUUUUUAAGUGAGCGAUGCGAAAACACUCCCCUUUGGUAGAUUAAAGUAAGAAAUUCGAAGACAUUACUCUUUGGUAGAUUGAAUUCGAAGUGAGCAAUGCCUAAGUAUUCUCUUCGGUAGAUUAAAAAUGAACUAUUCGAAGGCAUCCAAUUUGGUAGUCAUAAGAUUAAAGUGAGCGAUGCAACGGCAAAUUAAAGAUUAAAUUCGGAGUUAUGCAAAGACAUCCUCGUAGAUGGAGUUAAAUACGAUAAGUAUACUACAUGUACAAUAUAUAUUGUUACCUGAAU